AUGAAUACAACCCCUAAUCAAGAUGAAAUCAACGAGGAACCGUGGAAAUACAUUGGUUAUAAAGGAUACUCGGACUUGAUUACAUCGGAAAACAAUUUACUUCUUUUCCGACGGUUUGAUGCUCUCAAUGUGCGAGUCACUUUAGCGCUGCAAGACGAAAUAUCGCUGCUCGAAGAGGAACUCAGCAACCUCGAGGGUCGCAUGCAGAUGAAAACUGCCCCGGAUUUCCAUAACGGCACACUACAAGGCGACAUACCUGAGCGUUCAUCUUUGAUGAAACGCAUCUCUGAUAAGCUCAGGGCCUACAGUUUGUAA